ACCGGCAGCACAAACAGUGAGGGGAAGAGACUCUGUUUUUCUCACACAGCAUCAGAGUGGGAAAAAAACACACACACACACACGCACAUACUCAUUCACACACAUGCACGGGGAGAAAACGGAGGUGGACUGAGGCUCCAGCCGUAGCAUGUCCACUGGCUGCAGUCAGACAUGUAGGAGGAGGAGGUGCUCUGCUCGCCGUUCCAUGUCCGCUUCAGCCCUCUAAGCACCUCCCAUCCCCCCCGAACACUCGCUCCCUGGCUCUGCGGUUGCUGAGGGGCUGGCUGGAAUGACCCGGGAGAGCGGGAGACACAAGGAGAUGUGCUAGACGGGGGCUGCUUGCAGGGAGGACUCUCUGAUCCUUGAUCCCUCCUCUUCUCCAGGCUGGCAGAUACCAGGCAGACCUCUGAUCUGCCCCACAGAUGCAUGCCCAUAUAGGAGGGCAUGUCUGUGUAGACCGAGGGUCCUCAUCAAGCUUGGCCACAGUGAGGAGGACCACCACAGAGACGCGCAGGAACACACACCACCGACCAGACGCUUGUGUGUGUGUGUGUGUUUGUGGGAGAUCCCUGCUUGGAAAAAACAACCUCCCGUGAACCAGUCGGCAUUCAGAGAUCGUGAAUGAUUGCGAAACAGAGAGCGGCCUUUGCAGUGCGACCCUGUCCCAUGCUGCUCCCUCCUCUCAGGGGAUGGCCAAGGUCCAGGAUGGACACACGAACGCAUGUGACAGCUCUGCAAUGUUAGAGGAGAGCCAGGAUGGUAUGGACAGUGGUACCCUAAGUCCUGCCACAGCUCGACAGGUCACCAUCCAGCGCCACCCAACUCAAGGCUUCGGCUUUAUUGCAGGCAGCCAGAGGCCUGUCAUUGUACGCUCCGUCUCUGCCGACGGCCCCUCCUUUGGCAAGCUUCUCCCUGGAGACCAGAUCUUGGCCAUAAACGAGGAGACGGUGAGCGACGCGCCCCGAGAGAGAGUCAUAGACCUUGUAAGACGCUGCAAAGACACUAUAGUUCUCACUGUGCUGCAGCCCCACCAGUCACCUAAGUCUGCCUUCAUAAGUGCAGCCAAAAAGGCCCGCCUGCGAACCAACCCGCCCAAAGUGCGCUUUUCAGAGCAAGUGUCCAUCAGCGACCCAGACUCAACAAUGCUCAAGGACGACUCCUUGCUACUCAUACCAAAUGUGUUGAAGGUGUUCUUGGAGAAUGGACAGAUUAAGUCCUUUACGUUUGACAGCCGUACCACUGUAAGGGAUGUGAUCUCCUCCCUGCAGGACCGCCUCUCACUGCGCUACAUUGAGCACUUUGCAUUGGUGCUGGAGGCAGGUGGUCUGGACCAGAAUCAGAGGUUGCAUCUGCUGCAAGACAACCAACCACUGACACAUGUGGUCCAUAGAACGUAUUUCCAAGGGAUGAAGUGUCUGUUCCGCAUCUGCUUCUUCCCCAAGGACCCUGCGGACCUGUUGAGAAGGGACCCUGCCGCAUUUGAGUACCUCUAUAUUCAGAGUCGAAAUGACGUCAUUAAGGAGCGCUUUGGCAUGGACUGGAAAUCUGACAUCACGUUACGACUGGCUGCUCUCCAUAUCUACAUCACUGUGUCCUCCGCACGGCCGAAUCAGAAGAUCUCUCUGAAGCAUGUUGAAAAAGAGUGGGGACUAGAGCCUUUCCUUCCCCUCACUCUGCUCCCAACAGUCAAGGAGAAGAAUGUGUGCAAGAGCCUGUCUCAGCUGCUGAAGACCUACCAGCAUCCACCACCAUCAGGCAACAAGGUCCCUCCUCUUCAAGGAAAGCUGCAGUACAUGCGUGUACUCAACGACCUCCCACCUUUUGGCGGAAUACUGUUCCACACUGUUGGACUGGAUGAGAAACAAUCAGCCACGACACUACUGGUGGGUCCUCGACAUGGCAUUAGUCAUGUGAUUGACCUGAAAAAUAAUCUCACCACCGUUCUGGCUGAGUUCAGUAGGGUUGCCAAGAUCCAGCUCUACAGAGAGAGCCAAGGAGUGGCUCGUGUGGAGGUGUCAAUCCACGAGGCAAAGCCCCUGGUCCUACUCAUGGAGUGGCCUGAUGCUAGUAACUUUGCAUGCCUCAUCUCUGGCUACUACAAGCUGUUUGUAGACCCUAAACGGACCAUCUACUUCCGGACCCCUGGUCAGUCUCAGCUGACCAAGGCAGAUUACAGAAGUUCCCACCAUGCUCACCCACGUUCUGGGGCAACCAGCUUGCCAAGUGGAGGGCGACGAGCGGACGAGAGGGAAAGCUCACACAGAGACUCAGGGUCUGCAAGGGCCCUUGUUCCAGCAGAGUCUCAGCAUCUAGGCCUGUGUCAUGUCCACCUUCGAGAGCAACAAUUCCAAGAACUCCAAACACGUGCCGAAACUGAACUUGACAUCAAUGAGAACUUUAUUUCCCAGGAGCCGCCCGGGCGGCCUCGCACAAAGUCAGAUCCCACCCAGCAGAGUACAGAGGAAAUAGCUGGGGUUUUAGAUUGCCCAGAAGUGGAGAAUGCAGGAUUCAGAAUCCGAGCCCAAACAAUGAAUCAAUCUCAGAAAAACUCACGAUACUUCUGUGACUCCUGCAAAGCCAGGCACAGGGCAGAGGGUCUUACAGCAGUGAACAGUAGUGGGAGCUCUGGGAAACACUGCUCCAGUGCUUGUGCCUCCCGAGAUGGAGGCGCUGUUGACCUCAUAGCCCUACCACCACCAGGGAAUGAGGAGGAGGACGAGACAGAUGGUGGAGGAGAGAAACUGCAACCACCACCACCUGCUAUUGCUGCCCCGCCACCUGGCUUCAGGGAUAACAGUUCAGAUGAGGAUGACACAAAGAGGGGGAGGAAGGCUCGAACCAGUGCCAGCACAGGGGUGGCCUCUGGGAAGUUUGCCCAAGCCAAGGAAGAUGUGCCUGUGACACUGAUCGAUAAUGUUUCCACGAGAACAGUCCGAGAUCAUGCCCAGGAGCUUGAUGAUGCCUUGGUGUCCACCUUACAGGCACUAGAGGCUUUGGCAGCCUCUGAGGACUACCCCCAUCACCCUCAACAGCCAACACAGACUGCAGGGCUGAUUGUCUUAGCUGCCAUUACACCUGAGUCAUCAUUGGACUCAGGCCAUGAGACCAACUCCUCUGAAUUGACAGAUGUAUCUGAGAUGGUGUCGGCUAUGAAGCAGAACCAGAAUCAGGCCUACCUGCUGGCUCACCAUAUCAACAAGGAGCGUAUCCUCUGCCGCCGUGACUUUCCGCUGGCUAUCCCUGGUUGCACAGCAAAGACCAUAGGAACUGGGGCCUUCUCUGUGGGUCAGAUUCGUGCUGGCUGUCCACCCAAGCAAGUAAUCCUCAGCAAGACUGUUCCCUUUAAAGUCAGUCCCAGUCAAGAGUCUGCUGUGCUGAGUGUUGUGACAGAGCAGGGGGGUAAUCAAGACACUAUUCAGACUGAACAGAAAGCAGAAACGAAAGCAAGCUCUGAGUCCACCAAAGCAAACACCUCUGAUACCCCUUCUAAAACACCCGAAGAACUUAAAGUAUCUGAUGCUUCACAGACAGCUCAAGUCAGUAAAGAUCAGAAGUUAUCAAACUCUUCUGGGGAGACAUUGAGCCAAAAUCUCUCUGACGGCGUAAAGGGAAAGACAACAGCACCUCUUAAAGACCCUAGCAACAAAGCCUUACCUAUCCUCCUGCCUGUGGACAGAACUGCCUCUGCCAAGAUUUCUCCCACUAAUAUGUGCCAAGAUGCCAAGACUGCCUCUAGUGAGACCAUGAAGCCUUCAAGCUCUUCAGAACUUCUACAACUUGAUGACCUUUUCUGCACAUGCCCAGUACAACAGGAGCCUGGGUCUCAACUAAGACUUAAAGACCCACAGGUUCAGAAGGUAGUGGUGUUUCAAUCCUCCUCCCCCACUGAUGACGAACGUCUUCGAGCCAAAGGCCUCCAACUGGCUAACAGCAAAGAAAAUGCAGUGAGAGUAGGGGCAGAUCCUAGUUUGGCAAAGCCCAGUCCUCAAAUACAAACCAAGUACUCCCCUCGUUUGCCUGUAAAAGCAGAAAGAAAAGACACAACUGAAAGCAAGGCUGAGGGUGUCCAGGGAAAAACGCUUCUUGUGUCACAGAAAGGCCCCAUGAAAUCCUUACCUAUUUUAGAUGAUCCAACAACACCUAGCCUCUCAGUAGAUAAGGUCUCCACUCUCCCAGCCAGAGACUCAAAGAAGCAAGGCAUUGGUAAAGGGAAGUCCCAGCGCACUGUCCCUUUUUUGAGCUUUAGAAACCUUCUUUCAGCUACGUUCCCAGCAAGAAUGCGAAGAGAAACGGAUGAGCGAAGAGCUCAGUUGCAGAAAGUCCGUCAGUAUGAGCUAGAGUUCUUAGAGGAGCUGCUGAAACCCAAGUCGUCCCAGGGAGAAUUUUUGCCCCAGGGAUCCUCACCUGUGCCCUCUGGCACUCCAUGUGCCUGCCAGCUUCGCACCAGCCCUGUCCUAAAGGCACCAGGUAUUUCAAGGGAGCAGCGACGCAGCUGUGACUGUAAGCGAAUGUGCAGAGGCAUGCGACUACCUGACACACCAGUUGGCACCACAACAGAGACCCAACACAGAGGCAGAGAGAGACCUAUCUCAAAGACCCCCCCUUCAGUCUCCAAAGCCCCUCACACUCAAGGUGCUACAAGGAGACCUCAGACCUUAGAGAUCAAGACCACACGAAUACGCUCUACCAGUCUUGAGUCAAGAGAGCCAAGGGGAGAGCAUGGUUCCUGCUUACCCACAUGUACUUCUCAAACAGAUUGCAUGGGAGGUCCACAAUAUAAGAAGCUCCAGAGGCGCUACAGCAUUGGAGAGCUGGAUAACAGCACUAGCACACCUGUCUAUGCUGAAGUAAAGCCCAAAGCCAAGAGUCUGGAGAAGGAGAUGGAGAGAGUGCGGGCCACAGGGCUGAGGCUCCCUACCCCGAUUGAGCCAAUCCAUACUCAGUCUCACCAGGCAGAGGGAAAGGGGAAAAAGGGUGUGUUUUUCAUUCAGGGAGAAGAGCUUCUGCGAGAAAGUAAAGACGAGACUGGGGAGGUGCUGCUGACCCUUCCCAGUGAAGACAGUGAUGACAAAGAUAAAUGCUGCUCAUUCUGUUUCUGCUACAGGAAGUGUGAGGCCGCAGAUGAAAGCAGUGAAAAGGAUGAGCUUUCAUACUCUAUACCCCUCCAGGUUCUUCCAGGCAUGGAGCUUGAUUCACGUACCUUUCCUGUAGUAAGCAAAACACUCCAGGUUCUUAAUGCAGAGGACUGCAGUGGGGAGGAAGAGGAGGAGGAAGAAGAGGAGCCACAGACACAGGAGAUUGACCUGAGAGCCUGUAGUACACUGGAGGGGAGCCUGGCAAGGGUACAAGCCCUACAGGGGAAAAGUUUCAGCUUGCCUGAUGGUUUCCUAAAUGCCCAGUUAGAUGCUAAUGAGUUGCUAGCUAUCCUGCGUCAGUGCGCUAACAGCCCGCAAGCUGAGGGUGAGGCUCGUCUUCAACCAUCACAGAUUUCAGAAUACAAACAGGAGCUGGCGGUACGCUUCAAAGAAUUCAGAGCAUCUUGUCGGCGUGUGGCAAGUGUUGAAAAAAGUCCAACACGUAUGCUUGCUGUGGUCACUGCCAGCUUUCAAGUGUUGUGUGAACUAACUCAGACUUUCAUCAAAUUGGUCAGAGGGGUUCGAUCAGAAUCCCAAAGGCUGCAGCUGUUGAGAAAAGUUGAGGAAGUAGCAAUCAACUACACUUUGCUUCUGCGGGCAGCAGAAGAAUCAAUGGGACACUCAAGCAGCUUGCCAACAAAGACAGUGAGCCCUCAAGUUUCCUCCAACACCAAUAACAUGAGCUCGCUCACUCGACCCAUUAAAACUCUGCCUGCCCAGUAAAAAUAAAUCUGGCAGGGAUGUAAUCAAAACAGUCCAGAAUGUGGGUGACUACUCUAUCCAAAUUCAUUAUUUGUUUAUUGUUUACAUUUUUUACAAGUCAUGCAAUGAAUCAUCUUCAGUAAAAAUUGCAAUGCAGCUGUUCCAUCCAUUGUUUACAGGCCCUGAGGUAGCCUCGUGGAUCUUGUUUUGAAAUAUAAAGAUACACCAAACUAAUGCACAAUGGAAUAAGAACCCUAUAACAGACUGGGUGAUACAGGGCUAAUCACCUCAUAUCAAUAUUCACAAUAUACAUAAGUUAUUAUAGUAUAAUAUUUUAUAUGUAAUGUACAUUUGAGUUGUGUCUACUUAGCAAAUAAUAUAAAGUUUUGUGAAUAAAAAGUGAAGAAUAUAUUUGAAAUGUAUUGAGUUAAGAGAACUAUAAAGAUUAUAAUACAUCAUCAGAAAUAAAUGUAUGCUCUGGACAAAAAUAUUUCAGAGAUCUCGUCAAGUAGCGACUUUGUUAAUUGCGUAGUCCAAAGCGUUGGUUGGUUAGAUGGUGAUGUGUGUGUUUGUUGAAUUUUCUAACUAUUGUAAAGCAAAAUGGAGAUCUCUCUUGGCUAUGUUGACUGUGUCUGGGGUACUGAAACAAGAGUGAAAAUGUACGUGACAGUGUUGGAAAACGAAUACCGCUGAAAGACGACAUUUUAAAUCAUACUGAUUGACGGAGGCCCGUUCUCUCACUAUAACAGAGCAGGCAAGAAAAAUACCUGCUCAGGGCAGACAAUGUAGCAGAGACUCAAGUCAUCAUCUUAACCACUACACAGAACUGAGUGUCUUUACCUCACUCAGCUGUAGAGAAGGAAUACCCACACUGUACUUAAUAACGCACAGAGUGUAUUUUACACCAUCACUGAUCCAUGGCUCACUUGCAUCUCACCUGUCGUGAAUAAUAGUUUUAAAUACAGCCAUCCACUUGCAAGUGAGUAAGCUUAAAACUAGAAUUUUGCACAACCUCUGAAAUUAGCUCUGAAGUUGAAAUGUAUCUUUUAAUGUUUGAUUAAGUGUUUUUUAUUCACUCUGCUGCUGAAACGCUCACUUGAGUCUACACCACCAAUUUUACAUGAUUCAUCUCCUCAAAGCUAAAGCUUACCCGUUUCAAAGGAUCCUUUGUUUUUAAUUCAGGUUUUCAGAUACAGUAUAAACAAAUUUGCUUUCUAUGUGCUGUUAUACAUUGUGCAAUCUAGCAAAUAUAUAAGAAACACACAAAGUAGUUUUCUAUGUAUUUUAAUAAAACUAACACAUCUGUUUCCUGUCUGAAAUCUCCUUUGUGUCUCAUCCUCUUGUUAUUCUUGGAAAUUAAUCACAGAGGCUUGAUAGUUGUGCUGGCCUAACAUGUAUACCGGACAUACUGUUAAAAGAAAGUGCUGUGAAACUACCUUUAAAAUGACUGGGCUGCCACACUUAAAGAAAAUAUAUGUUUUAGUGCUUUUUCUUGCGUAACUUGUAUUUGUCCAUUUUUUGGAAUACAACAUGGUACUCAAAUGUUACUCAAAGGUUUGUGAAAUAUUGUAUAUGACAACAUCCAACCUGACUCAAGAUGUUUAAUUAUUUGGUGGUAAUAAACUAAUUUUAGGAUACUGAAAGCCAUACAGUGUACAAACUGGCAAAUGUUCCACAUUUGACAUACAUAAUUAAUCAAUGGGGGGAUGUAACAAGUACUAUAUAUGUCUCAGUAAUGCUGUAAAUUUUAGCAUUUUUUAACUUUAUUCAUAUUUUGAGCUUUAUUUUUAGUUAUUAUUAUGUCUUUUUGGGACAAUGUGACUGUUCAUCAAUUUAGCAAUAUAGCCAACUUUACACUGGAAGUUUCACUGAAAGGCGAGAGUAUCAGUGUUAUUGCACCUAUUUUCUUGAUUUCAGGACAAAUUAUAGUGUUUACAAGCACUCUCUUUUAACGGUCUGUUCUUUGCUGUUGAUGUGGCAUUUUCCAUAACCAUAUGCAGUGUUUUCUCUUUCACUGUACUGCAUGUUUUGCCUAACGUACUAGAAUUUCAGGGGCAGAAACUUUGAUCAUUGAAGGUGAUGAUACUGUUUGUACAGACCAUUUUCCAAUUCUCAAGUGGAAAACCAGGCAAAAUGAAAGGCCACGGUGGCAAUAUGUUAAUGUUUUGCAAAUUAUAUACAGUAUGGAAACGUAUUAUUCUACGCUGUAAAUGUAAAUAGUAAGAUCAAAUAUUUGAGAGAAUAAGAAACACUUUUAAAACAUUACUUGUAACAUUAAGAUUUAUCCAAACGCUUCACUAUUUUGUAAAAAGGGAAAAGAUGAAACAUGUCUGUAAGGUAAUUAUUUAUAGUAGUGUAACAUAGAGACUAAUAGCAAAACAUAUAUUUUAUGAGUAUAUGACGAGUAUAAAGCAUGGGACAUGUUUAUUUUUAUAAACCAAAAAUGUCAAUGUUCUCUCAUCAGCACUUGAACAUUUUAACAUUAUGAUGAACAUUUUCUGUGGUUGUCAUUGUUCAGUUGCUUUGUUAAACUGUGUGGAUAUGUCUGUGUUUCAUUCACACAAUGAGCCCUCCAUGGCUUAAUCCAUUGUUUUUUUUUAUGUGCACCUGUUCAUUCCUGUCUUUAUUUACUGUCAAUGAUCUUGUCGUCACUGUGGUCUUCUGUCUGUGUACAAAGUUAACUCAUGUUUUAAGAGCAAUAAAGUAUAUUAUAUAAACUCUUUCAGCGAAUUUGGAAAUGACAUUGCAUGCAGUAAACUUGCCGUAGGGACAGGGUGUCGAUUAGUAUGCCUUUAAACAAACAGCGUCAUAUGGAAUUAUCUGGAAACAUCUCUCUUGCUGCUUACGUCUGUGUUUGCUUAAUUAAUUUGCCUCUGUUGACUCAGCAGUGCAAGCCUCACUGACUAGACACAACACCAGCCAUUGACAGUAAAAUGUCUUUGUGUUGUUGACAUUUGAGAUAGAUCGACUUAAGAUUUU